CAAUUGAGCAGUUCUAUUUACUCUGUAAGUGUACAUGGAAAUAAUAAACAUAUGUACACGUAUAUUUGAUUUUGUAUGAUAAGAACAGAGAGUCGCGUGGGUAAUAGUAUUUCAACUAGUUGACCGUCUAAUUGAUUGAUUGUCCAGACGCCAGUUGCUUUAUUCUCGCAAUAUCCGCUUUCGGAAGUAUCUCUUUGCAAGCGUUUAACAUAUAGCGUCUUUAAAAGUGUACUCAAAUAGAGAGGUUUCUACAGACUUUACACGUCAAUUACCUCUUAUCUUUAAAUAUUUUUAUUGUUUGUCGAAAGCAACUGUAAAACAUUUAUUCAAACAUUGCUCAUUGAUUUCAGAGUUAUUGAUAUUUUUUAAGCAUUUACUAUAAAUUCUUUCUAAGAGAAUGUAACGUUAUGUUCAAAUAUCUGUAUAUAACUUGAAUAAUUCAAAUGAGCCGAGAACUAACAUUCUUCGUUAAAGUCAUAUGUUCUUUUUAAAAUUUCACAGAAAGAAAUUGAACAUGUUCAAAUGUUCAAUUGUUAAUAAAAUAGAGAAACAUGAGAAAAUGUAAAGCGGGGUAUAAAUAGGGAUAUGCUCUAAUGUAGGGGUACAGUAUAAUAAAAAUUUGAUGUAGAAAAUGUAUAUGGGAAACCUUAAUAAUUUUUAAGUUAAGGUAUAAUUUCUGUAUUAAUUUAUUAUAUUGCACGAUUGUUUCUUAAUGUUAUGUUAUGCGAAACGCGGUGGAUCUUUACUCCCCCUUAGGAAGAAAUCAAGGAAAGGGACUCUCUCUUUGUCAGUACUCUCGCCUUGUUAGUCAGCGAGAUGAUGCGUAAAGGAGCACUUCCUGUGUUAUCGUUGUCGUACUUGUUUAUAUUCUGUGUUGCAAUAUUCGAAAGAAACGCUUUUGCAUCUAUCGAAAUUAACGAAGAUACGGAGAUCAUAGAGAAGAAACGCAUCGAAGGAUGUAUCGAGUGUGGCGAUUAUAGGUGUCCGGGAGAUUUUGGAAAAUGUUUAUUAGGUUCUGUUCUCGACCCAUGUAAAUGUUGUGCAACUGGUAUAUGUGCUCGAUUGGAUGGCGAACCUUGUUGGAAUUCUAGUAUACCUGGAUUGCCUUCGAAACGUCGUAACGAUGGUCUAUGUGCAAGAAAUUAUGAGUGCAAGUUAAGGUCGGACCUCCGGAAAGAGGACGAACCAGAAGCCACUUGCGUUUGUAUGGAACAAACUCCGGCGUGUGGUAAUGAUAAUAAAACGUACACAACACCCUGUGCGCUGCAUGAAGAGGCAAUGAGACGGAAACGUUCAUCUUCCUUGACGUUACAGCAUCUUGGUCCGUGUCAAAGCCGUCCCUGGAUUUUAUCUCCUUUAGAAGAUGUUUUAUCAGUGUUUGGCCAACGAUUAGCACUAAAUUGUGAAGCGAAAGGCUUCCCUGUCCCCGAUAUUUUUUGGGAAUUUCAUGCAGCAGAUGGGAGGAAAGUCUUGAAACUGCCAGGUGAAGCCCAAGGAGCGACAGUCCAUAGCAGCGUCGGUCCGGAACCUCUUAUGCGAACAUCAUGGAUGCAAUUACCUCGUGUCACCAAAGAGAGGUGCUGAGCAGGAUAAAUUACGGUGUUAACUUCUCGUCGUGUCAUUCACUAACAAGAAUGAAGACUCAACUUUUUUGGCUGUGUGAAGACUUUUUUGGUUGUAAGAAGUUCUUUUGCAGGGAUUUAUCUACCGGACAAGCUACUGCUGCCUACUCAACAGAACGGGUUCGUAUUUUGUGUAAUACAGUCCAAUAUACAUAGAUAU